AUGAACGCUGUCGCGAAUAAAAUGGAACGAGGUCAGUGUCGUGUCUUCGACGUGACGAGAGAGGGCCGAAAAACGAGGGUGCUCUUCUCGGCUGCGGGAGGAACCCGCGAGCGCGCGAGGUCUCUAGACCGCAGACUUGGCCUGCAAGUUUCGUGUCAAGUGAGGGUGCGCCACAUUCACCCGCGUGAAGUUUCAUCCUCGACCUCGGUAGUUGCGCCGCGUCGCAACCCAUCGAAACAAGCCGAGAAGAGCGUCGAGCAAAGCAGACAAAAGCCAAACCGGAUGCUCGGUGGAAGAAGAAGUCGUUUUUUGGUAGAUUUUUCGCACAGGCUCAGCCUACUAAACAACAGCCUCGAGGUUUGUCGUCAUAGCAACCGAACGGGCAUUGAGAGCGAAACACAGAGAGGAGCAGGCCGGGACGUCGAGACGUUUCUGCACCGUUUCCAAGCCAAACCAGAUGAGGACGGAGGUAGUAAGUCCCCGCCCCUGCCGGCCGACCAGUAUAAGCACAUGUCGAUCUUCGGGCUGUAG